AUGGCUCGACCAGCACGCCCGGAUCGUCCAGGAAAACCAAAAUUCUCUUCUCACAAGGCAAACGCAGCAGGCUAUGCUAAACGGCAUUCUGCCAAAUCGAAGGCGAACCUCUCAGACGUUUACGAUUACCAGCACGAGAAGGUCAGGCGCGGAAACGUCUCUCUUACCCUUGACAAAGAUGAAGCAGCGGAGUUUGACCGCGAUGGGUCGGAUGAGGAUGACAUUGACCAUAGUGCGUUGAGAGCGAGGCUUAUUGGGGAGACGGUGGACGAUGAGAAGAUUGAUUCGGAGGAUGAUGAGGAGCUGGACAGUGACGAGGCAUUCGAGGAGAGCGACGACGAGAAAUAUGCUGGGUUCUCUUUUGCCACCCAGAACAAAUCGAAGUUCAAAGCCAAGAAAGCGUUAAAAUCCAAGAAGACCUCUGGCGUCCGAUUUGCUGAAGUCAAUCUUGACGAGGAUGAGGACGGAGACGGGGGGAUAACGGCCAAGGGAGGCUCCGGCGAAGAUGACGAUGAAGAGGAGGAGGAGGAAGGUGACUCAGACGAAUUCAUCGACGUGCUGGACGUUUUGGACGGGCGUGGAGAGCCGGAUUUAGGAGAGGAAGAAGGGAAGGGAAGCUCACGAAGGGAUGAUGCUGGCACGGUUGAACAUCAGAUAGGGGACAUGGGGGAAGCGGAUGAGGACGAGGACGAGGACGAGGACGAGGUGGAUGAAGAUGAGAACGAAGACGACGGUAUGGAUCUAUCUGCCGACGAAGCCGACCACGACUCCCCAGAAGCACUCGACAGCCUGGGCAAAUUCAUCUCUUCGCUGGACACGGGAACGAAGCGGAAAGCUGAGGAUGCAGGACUUGAGGCACCCCGGCGGAAAAGGAGAAUUAUCCAGGAGCGCACUGAAGCAGGUGCCGAGAAUGAAUUUGCUGCUCAUGUUGCAGGGUCACAACGGCUCAAUCUGGACGAUCUUUUGGAACCCCUGGCGUCGCAGUCCUCAAACCUCAUGUCUCUCAAGAAAUCGGCGAAAGCUUUGACUUCGUCGCGGGUAGGAGGGGCUCCGCUCUCUGCACCUCUUCCACAACGGACACAGGAUCGUCUGGACCGGGAAGCAGCUUAUGAACAGACGAAGGAGGAAGCCGAACAUCUCUCGUUUCCUUUACAAGCCCAAAAAGCAGGCAAGACUUCGAAUCUUGAGCUUAGCGCUAAAUUCAAGCCUACCACUGAACUCGAAAGCGCCGUCGACAAACUUCUCAAGCAAGCCAAAAUGCGUGAAGAAGACCUUGCCCAGACCGAAGAACUCAAGAUGAACCACCUCUCCGUCGAAGAGGUCGCUGCACGCCGCGCAGAGGUCCGCAAACUUCGCGAGCUCAUGUUCCGCGCGGAAGCCAAGGCGAAACGGGUUGCGAAGAUCAAGAGCAAGACGUAUCGCCGCAUGAAGAAGAAGGAGCGGGAAAAGUUGGCAGCUAAAUUGGGAGCGGACGAAGUGGAUGAGGAUGAUGAGGAUGUGAGGAUGAAAAGAGAGGCGGAGAGGGCGUUGGAGAGAGCGACGUUACGCCACAAGAACACGGGGAAGUGGGCGAAGUCGAUGAAAGGACGAGGCGAGCUGGAUCAUGACCAGAGGAAGGAGAUCACAGAAAUGUUGGACCGAGGCGAGAAACUGAGACGAAGGAUUCAGGGGAAGGGCAGUGAUGACGAGAGUGAAGAUGAGAGCGAUGAGGAUGGGGAGGGUGGGAUCGAGGGGCUGAAGGCGAGAGCGUUCGAGGAGAUGGUGGAGCUGAAGCGGUCAGAAGGGCUAUCGGAGGCGGGGAAGGGCAAGAGCGUUUUCGAUAUGAAGUUCAUGCGGGAUGCUGCUACUCGGGAGCUGAUCGAGGUCGACAAGGACGUUGACGACUUUAUAAAGGAGCUCGGAGAGGACGGCGAUGAAGGAGAUGUUGUUCAAGAUGAAAGUGGUGCCAUCAUUCAGCGUACUGGGGGGCGAAUGACCUUCAGGCCGGGUGCUCUGGUUCCUUCUAGAGUGGCGCUAUCAGAUACAUCAAGCGUCACACUUCAAUCGGCUGACCUCCUACCCCAAGCCAACUCAACGACGACCUCUCCAAUUCAGACUAUUUCCCACUCACUCCCACCUCCCGUUACCUCUUCAUCAUCUAAAACACAAUCAAAUCCGUGGCUUGCUCAUGCAGAAGACGGUUCAUCAGGAGCCGGCCUCAGAAGGAGCGAAGUCGUUGUCGGCAAGGACAGCAAAGCGACCGAAAAGUCAAAGAACAAGCUUCGCAAGCGAAAACAGCAGCGGGAUGAAGAGAAGGAGAGAGAGAAGGAGGACGCCGUUGUGGAGAUUUCCUUGGACAACACUAUGAAGGGCACGUCUGCGUCUGCUUCGUCAUCGUCGAAACAGGUGCCAGUCAAGUUGGCUGGGAAGGGUAAAACGAAGGUCACAACGGCUGCCCUUACUGAUGACGACUAUGACGUGAACUCGGAGGUUGAUGAGCAGGAGAAGGCGUUGGAGAAGAAGGACAAGGGAAAACGAGGAGGUAGCAACGGUGUGAAGGCUUUCGAGCAACGGGACCUUGUCGCAUUAGCCUUCGCUGGUGACAAUGUCGUCCAGGACUUUGCGGAGGCGAAACGACGAGAGAUCCAGGCCGACGCGCCGAAGCAGGUCGACACAACCCUUCCAGGCUGGGGUGCAUGGGGUGGCUCUGGCACCAAAAAAUCGGCACCCAAGCCGUACCUCAUCAAGAAAGUUGCAGGUGUGGAUCCAAAAUCCCGCGCCGACUAUGGAAAGGCCCACGUCAUCAUCUCUGAGAAGAAGGAUAAGAAGGCGGCAAAGUACAUGGUCAAGGAUUUGCCCUAUCCAUAUACGAGCAAAGCACAAUUCGAAAGGAGCAUAGAGACACCGCUUGGGCCGGAGUGGAACACUCGUGUCGGGUUCCAGAGGGGAACACUACCAAAGGUCACGAAGAAGAUGGGUACGGUCAUCAACCCGCUGGAGAAGUUGUUCUGA